AUGAAUUUGGAGCCUAAGCUGGUCGAGGCUCCAUUACUGGAGGAAGCCAUCUUUGAAGUAUGCGAUUCGGCUUUGGGGGACGAUCUUCUCUUCUUGGACCUUGGUUCUUCCUCUAUGCCUUCUUCAUCGCUGGCUUCAUCAGGAGUACUAACCUCCUCAUCACUUUCAGCCACAAAGUCACUCAUGUGGUCAUCGUCAUCGUCAUCCUCUGGUUUGAAGUCAUCCUCAUCUUCAGACUCCACCACCUUCCUUUUUCUCUGGAUACGUAGUCCGUCGUCAGAGUCCGAAUCCUCGGCAUAA